AUGGAAUUCAAUAAUGGAAACCAGGAUGCGUCAGAACUGGAUCAUCAUCUUCCUUCUAGGCAGCAAAGUGUGGGAACAAAGUUACAGCACGAACUCGAAGCUUUGUUAGAUUUGGAUUUGAGGUAUCAAACAGGACCAACGAUGCCAGCGCAAAGUAGCACCAGCACUGCUGCUUCCUCCUCGCUGCUUCUAAUACCACCUGUGAAUCUGAAUGGAAAUAACUUUUCUGAACAGUCAACAAGUUUAAAAUCUUUUACUUCAAAUUUGGAGGCACCGGCUGCUGCAAAAUUUGGAAGAAAUCACGAUAUUCUUGGUACAAGCUUGUUGAACCCAUCAUCAAGCUCAAAUUUCGGCACGAGACUUGAGGAUGUGAACUCUUUGUCAACAACUCCAAAAAUAGGCGCCGCCGCUGCCGCUGCAUCAUCAUCAAUAUCGACAGUAGGUGCAACUGCACCGAAUCUACUGCUUGGAAGCAUACUUCAGCCAUCUUCUUCUGUUCCUGAUAGACCUCAAUCUGCUACUGACUAUUCAAAUAUAUUUGGCAGAUCAGGGCAAUCAUUUUCUACUUUUAGCACCCUGAACUUGAAUUCACAACUGCAACAACUGCAACAACUGCAGCCUCUGCAGCAACAACAACAACAGCAACAGCCUACAGCACAGCCGCAAACGGAAGCCUCAGCACAGUCCAACAUUUAUCUGGACUUGCUAAUCUUUAGUAACUGGAUUGAGAACUUGAGUCCUCAUGAUACAGUAGCCAUGAUUGACUAUUUGUGUGCAAAUUUGCCCAUUGAUAUUUUGCUUACUUUCCAGUCUAAAUUGAAUAAUCAUUUAAACUACCAGCAACAUCAGCAACAAGUACUAUUUCCAACAACAACAACGACAACAUCAUCAACAUCAUCAUCACUGUACAAAAAUGUCUAUGGCCAAGAUUUUAUGGCAAAUUUUGAUAAGUUGAGCUUGAAUGAUCAAAAGGCCAAGUUUAAACAAGCACUGGCGCAAAAGUCCAGUGCCUAUUAUUCUCCUCCACGAAAUGAAAAUCAUAAUCAGCACAAUCAAAGUCAAAAUCAAAAUCAAAAUCAAAGUCAAAGUCAAAAUAAUCAAUAUUUGAGUGUGGAUAAGGAUAUUGCACGUCCAAGAUCUGCAGACCCUUAUCAAAAAAACCACAAUGUAAAUCAUCAUUUUCUUUUAGAUAGAGCAAAGUCGCCAACAUCACAUUUGUAUGAAAAGACAAAUUUCUUACAAUUAGCAGCCGCGGCAAACCCUAAUGGAAAUGCGACAUCCCAGUAUCAGAAUGCUUAUAAUGGAAAUACUCAGCAACAAUAUUUCAAUCCCAACUUGCAACCUCAUCAAACGGGUACGGGCAUGGGCAUGGGCAUGGGCACUACAGGCAAUGGUCUUCAUCGGGAUGAAGAUAUUGAUAUGUCGCAAGCUACGCUUAAAUUAGGUGCUUUAGAUACAAUUAAUUCUAGAAUUGCUUUAGAUAGUCACAAGAAAUAUCCCUAUUGGAAUAAUCAACACUAUCACACACAGCAACAGCAACAACAACAGCAGCAACAGCAGCAACAACAGCAGCAACAGCAGCAACAGCAUCAGCAACAGCAAGUUAUGCCUCAGGGUUCAGAGAAGUUCAAUGCAUCACAUCAUGUAUUUAAUACUUUACAUUAUGAGGAUUCGCUAAAAAGAUCGGCGAACUCAUCAUCAGUUCCUGUUAGUUCCAGUGCUCAGAGAUCCAAUUUUAACCCCUUGAUGGGAAUGAGUUCUAAAAAACGCAUUUCGCCACCAAACUCCUCGAUUCAAAUGCAGCAACAAAGUGUUUCAUUAUCUUCGGCAAACAAUCAAAAUGGAUUUUCAUCAAACACGACUUCAAUGCCAAGCGAAGUAACGAGUAUUGACUUAUUGAAUAAUAUACCAGCAUGGUUGAAGUUGCUUAGAUUGCACAAGUAUACUGAAUGUUUGAAAGAUACUUAUUGGAAAGAUUUGGUUGAAAUGAAUGAUGCACAGUUGGAAAAGAAAGGUGUUACUGCAUUAGGAGCAAGGCGUAAACUAUUGAAAGCAUUUGAUAUGGUUAAGCAAACCACUUUAAAAGAAUAG